AUGGGUGAUGCUCGGGGCCAGCUCACCGCGGCUCAAGGUCGUUUGAAGGACCUCGAAAAUGAGCUAGUUUGGAUAUGGGAUGCUGUGAAGAGGGCUGACGAGAGGACAGCAGUAGCGGAGUCUCGUUGUGAUGAAGUUUCGGCUCAUCUGUCCUCUCUAGAGGAAAUUAGACGAGAGAGAGACGAAGUGGUGGCUCAAAGAGAUGACGCCUGGAGCGAAUGUGAGGUACUCAGGGCAGAUCGUGACAACGCCCAGGCCCAAUUCGAGACAGUGAAAUCCCAAAGGGAAGAGGCCCUGGCUCGGGUUAUUGUUCUUGAGCAAGAGCUCAGCAAGCGCAUUGAGGACCUGAAAGGCUUGACCUUGGCUACAGAGGAAUUAAAACUUCAGAAUCAGCAGCUCUGUCAAGAGGUUAAGGUCCUGGAUGUGAGGUGUUCUGCCCUGCUCGAGGACGCCAAACUUACUGAGGAUAAGGUCCGGUUGGCAUGUGAAGAGCGCCUGCAGGAGUACAAGGGCUCUGUCGAGCUAAAGGCUGAGAUUGAUCAGGCUUGCCAAAGAUGCUUGCAGGAAUAUAAGGACUCUUCAGAGUUACAAACUGAAAUUAGGCAAGCCUGUGAGGAUCAUCUCCAACGUUAUAAGGAUUCCCCUGAGCUGAAAACCAAGAUUGAGGAGGCCUGUGAGGAGCGACUUGCGGAGUUCAAAGCUUCUGAUACGAUGAAAAACGAGAUAUGGCACAGAGCUUUCUGCAUGUUUGCCUCUAGGUUCAAUCAGGGUUUGAAAGAGGCCAGGGAUGCCCCCUCCACCCCAUUAGCUCGGCUCUGA